AUGGCCAGUGGAACUGCUGCUAAUGCGGCAGCUCUUGCUGCAUUCAACGCAGGUAAAAAACGAGACGACGGAUGGAAACAGAAUAAUGAAGGCAACAACAAGAGCUCCAAAUACGUUUGUGCACCAGCCGUAAAGUCACAGAAUAAUAAAGUUAAACCAGCAGCACCAGCAGCACCAGCAGCACUAGCAGGAGCAGUUAAUACCAAUACCACUAAUACCACUAAUACCGUCACAACAACAUCAGCAUCAACAACGCCUAAACCAAAAUCAAAUCAUGCAGUGCACCGUGAUACUACACCAACUUCUAUGGUUAACCAACAAUAUUCACAAAACAAUGAUCGAAUAAUGACCAAGUCUCCUCGACCUGUAUUAAAUGUCAAUACAGACAGUUCAAAACAAGGCUCAUAUUCCUCAGCAGCUAGCAAAAAUAAUCACGAUAACAAAGGCCUCGACUACUUCAAUUUGGGUUCUGCCACAAGUGGCAGGUCAGAUACUUUUAAACUGCCAAGAUAUCUGCCGCAUACUCCCAAGGAUAUGAUAAAUAACGUGAAAAGUUCCAUUGAAGCAAAAAACAUUGCAAACGAUCCAAGCUCGAGAAGAUUAUCAGCUAAUUAUUCACCACAGCAAAUGUUGAAGAACUUGAAAACUUCACUUAAUGAGAAAUCAAAGGCUCCAGCGCCUCCAAAGGCGAGUGAAAAUGAUAAGGGAAGACAAAUCUUGAGUGAUAUGAGGGAACGACUAGAUACGUCGCGAAAGAUAGCAGCAGACCAAGCAGCCACGAGAGGACUUGCUCCAGGGUUUGAUUUUGAAGAAGAUGGAGACAAAGAAGAUAAAGGUUAUGAAGAUUAUACAUGGAAUCUGACAGACAGGAAGAAACCGGUGUCUUCGAAUAGGUCAGCUAAGUCUUUUAAGUCUUUUAAAUCUGUCAAAUCUACAAAUUCAAACAAGACUGUUAAUUCUAUUGCAAAGAAUGUAGUUACUAAAGCAGGUGAAAAUGAUCAACUAGGAACCACCGAGCUGAAUAUAUCAACACCAGAAAGACAUGGGAUUUGCAUUGAUGUGACCUACCAUGAUUCAGAUGUUGAAGACGACUGUUUAAAAAAUGAGAAUGGAAACAAAUGUGCAAAUGGAAUUGGACAUGAAAAUGGACAUGGGACUCAAAAUGAAAACAACGUUGAAAAUGGAAUUAGGAACGAAAAUCAACAUGAUAAUGAAUCCGAUAUAGGUGACCAAGUUAUGGUACCAAUUAAACUCUACAAUAGUGACAAAUCAUCUAUAAGUUCAAAAAGCAAGGUUCGUCGGAAGCCACCACCGUCAUUAUCACAAGAAGAAUAUGGUUCAAGCAGCACAGAGUUGUUAUCGACUGAUUUAAAACAUAUAAUGGCGUUGCAUGCAAAGUCUUCUGACACUUUUUCCAGUGGAGACAAUUUCAAUCAAAGCGAUGAUCAAAUUUCAAUAGCCGAGAACGACGCGGGACAACCUAAUGUUGGUACAACAGCUGCUGCAACAUUAGUCCGUCGUGGAGACACAAAAUUUCCACAAUUUCCUGAAAUUAAGAAGAAGCACUAUCAUUCAAGAAAUAUAUUUGGUUUAAAACGUCAUGAUCACAGGAACCAAAACAGUGUUAUCUGGCUGGAUCCAGAUAGUGACGUAGAGGCAGAAGGCGAAGGUUUAGGGGGAGAAGCAAAGUAUGUAAGAGGGGUCAACAGAAAAAGUGCGGGAGAAGAUGAUGAAUUGGAAGAAGAAGAAGAAGAAGAACAAGAUGGAGAAGAAGAAGAAGAAGAAGAAGAAGAAGGAAACGAAGUUGAAGAAAAUGAAGAAUCCGAGUUUUCCGAUGCUUCAGCGAUUGCUAAUAAUUUUAAUCAUGGAAAUACAAAGAAUGGCGUAAGAAGACUCGGACCACAGUCUCGUCCACAGCAAGCACACGUACAGCAACAACAGCCUCAGCAAUCGCAACAGCAACCGGUCCAGUUUAGAACCACAAUGAGAACCACCAAUAAGCGCAAAGACAGAAAAUCAAAGUUUGACGAGUACAAACCAUGGAAGAACCAUAGCGAUCUUAAUUAUUUGACAGACCAAGAAAGGAAGAGAUACGAAGGUGUUUGGGUGAGUAAUAAAGGUAAUUAUACAAACCUUGUGGUAGUAAAAUUGCAUGGAGUUGACUAUUCAACUGUCAAAGAUGGGAAAGUCAACUUAGAGCAUAUUGAUGAUUCAAUGAGGGCCGCACUUAUAUCUACUAACGCUUACCCUUCAUCUAAGCAGGAGGAGCAAGAGAGUAUGAAAAGCAACAAUGGCACAGGAAUAAAGGUGAAUAGUGAUGGCUCUGUAUAUAACUCUGCAAUUGAGGUACCUUCACAAGCCAAUAAUCAAUCUCGUCCAGAAAGAGUUGAACUUAGUCAGCUUAUCCUAGGUGCAGUUGUUAAAAGAAUAUGGAGUAGAAGUGGGCUCCCGGAUGAAACUUUGGAACAAAUAUGGAACCUCGUUGACUUUAGACGCGAUGGUACAUUGACCAAAAACGAGUUUAUUGUUGGUAUGUGGCUUGUCGAUCAAUGUUUGUAUGGAAGAAAAUUACCAAAGAAGGUUGAAUCUAUUGUAUGGGAGAGUCUAGGUGGAAUCGGAGUAAAUAUUAACACUAAAAAAAUGAGAUAG